AUGCUCAACAGCAACCCUCUGGAACUUAUGUACAGCAAUGGGGAUCCGGCUACAUAUUUGCACUACAAUGGAACCAGAACAACUCCUGACUUACUCCUGGUUUCAAGUGACAUCAGUGAGCAUACACGGCGAAAAAUAAUUGACGAUCCUGGUUCUGGUCACAAAUCAGUCAUUGCUAGUAAUAUCAUCGGCAGCAAAAGCAUGACAAGGAAAGUGUCAACUAAGCAAUCAUGGAACUUCAAGAAAGCUGACUGGUCAAGAUUCACAAACCUUUUAGAGAAUGAACUUCACACAAGUCCCCUCAACUUCAACCAACAUCCUGACAAAAUUUGCAACAAUAUCACGAAUAUUAUGUUUAGAUGUGCAAAGAAAACUAUUCCCAGAGGCAAGACUUAA